AUGUCUGUAACAAUUAGCUCUUGCCCAAAGCUUCGUGCUCUACCUCCCAGUUUGGGAAAGCUCAUCAAUCUAAAAUCAUUGACAAUUCGAUGGAGUAAGGAACUAACUUCUUUGCCUGAAUUGCAAAACCUCACCUCUCUGGACUCUUUGGAAAUAAUUGAAUGUGACAGCCUUGCUACACUGCCAGAGGAUAUACAGACUCUGAGUUCUCUUCGAACUUUGUCAAUUGAGAACUGCAAUAGCCUUACAUCGCUGCCACAUAAUUUGCAAUUUCUCACCUCCCUUGAGCAUCUAACUAUUAUGUAUUGUCCAAAAUUGACUUCUUUGCCGGAGGAUUUGCAACAUCUGUUCUCUCUCAAGAGUUUAUCCAUUUUGAAUUGUCCAGGGGUCGCAUCUCUUCCAGGAGGGCUAAAAUAUGUCACAACAUUGCAGAAUUUGGAAAUUCGCGGCUGUUCUGGUCUGAAGGGUUUUCCAGACUGUGUAGCAAACCUUAACUCACUCAGAUCAUUAACAUUAACAGAUUGUGAUAAUCUAACUUCUCUACCGGGAGGUCUGCAAUACGCAAGUUCCCUUCAGCAUCUAUCUAUCCGAGAAUGUCCAAUUCUAGAGGAGCGUUGCAAGAAGGAUACAGGUGAAGAUUGGUUGAAAAUAAAUCACAUUUCACAUGUAUAUAUAGGAUCACCGAACUUCGCCAGUAGCUCAUCUCAUUGA